AUGCAUCUGUCCACGUGUUCCCAUGCAUGGCUGAGGAACGCCAGAGCCAAGGGGCAGGCUUGGCAGCUGCAGCUGGAUGCUGGAUGGCUGCGCUACCGCAGCAGGCAGAGGGGGUUCUUAGAACUGGAUCUGCUGCUGGGCAAGUGGGUGGAGCAGCACCUGCCCUCUCUGGACCCGCCUCACUUGACAGCACUUGCACGCCUCAUGGACGAGGAGAGUCCGGAUCUCUUCAAGUGGUUCACGGGACAGGAGCAGGCGCCAGAGCACGUGCUUCAGAAUCCUGUGUACCUCUCAAUCCGCAGCAAGGUAGAUGAAAGGCUGCACCGUAUGCACCCAGCAGUGAAGGCAGCGCCUGGCCUGCCGUGGGUGAGGGGGUGGGAGGACAUGCAGAGGCAACCGGGCACACCCCCUGCUGGUAACCAGUAA